AUGACUGUGGAAUCUCUGCUAAAGGAUCUCCGUCAAAGUUCCUCUCUUGAAAAUGGCCUUCCUCUUCGACAGAGUCCUGCAAAAAAGAAGCUCAAAGUUACAGAGGUAGACUACCACAAGGUUAAACACAAGACACUUCCCAAACGCAGACGACACAGCAAGAGAAGGAAGGACAGGGGCGUGGUCGUAGACUUGACAAGGGAUGAGGGCAAUUCCAAAGACAGUGCUGUGGAAUUAGAAGAGGUUGGUAUAAUUCGUUGUUUUCUCACAACGAUUGAAAGAACUGUUUAUGUCAACGUGUAAAAUGUUUAUCUUGUAUGUGCCAAUGUUUUCUUUGCAGGUUGACUCGAUAUGUGAUGUAUCUCUUGAUGACGAUAAUGAACUUGAACUGUGUAAUGAUGCGGAUAACGACAUGGAUAAUGAUGAGCUAACUGGCACAAUUCUCGAGAGUUCUGCUCGUAUCUCAUUAAGGUAUAAUUCUAUCGAAUGUAGUAAUACAGAACAGUGAUCAUAACUCUUCGAAUAUUCUAUCAGUUAAGUAGGGAACGAUUUAUCAACCUUUUAGACUAUUCUUUUGAUCUACUGUUGUGGUGUAUAUACAGGCCUUCUCAGCUAGGAGAGUCAGAAGUACAGUUGUGUGACGCAGAGACGAGGGUUAAGACCUUGCAAGUCAACACUGGUAUACGCGAUUCCGUACUGGAAGUAGGGCCAUUCAAAGUAACCGUUUCUGACUUGCUAGCUACUCUUCCUCCUGGCACUUUAUCUGCAAAGGAAACACAGAAAAUUAAAGAGGAAAUCCUAGUUUUGUAGAUGGAUGGUUAACUGAUACGGUGAGCAGUACUGUUUUCCAGUAACUAUUUGAAAGAUUAAUUUUGUAUAUCUUCAGUUGUUAAAGUCGUUUUGCUUCUCUUUGUAGAUCGUUGAUGCUACACUGUGGAAACUAACAAAACUCGACCAAAAAAUCUUUGCUGCUGACAGUACCCUUUGUCAGUUGGUGAAACAUGGGGCAAGUACCCGUAGAUUGUGGAUGGGCGAGAGGUUCCAUGGAAUUGAAAAAAUUGUUAUUCCAAUGAAUAUCACUGGACAUCACUGGACAUUACUGGUAAGUCGAGGAUGCUAUUCAUACUGUACAUUUUUUUUUUAUAAAAUAGUCAUCUCUAAAAUUUGUAUUAUAUUCUUUAGAUAAAUUGAACAUCGUACACAUGACUCAGGACUUCGUUUUGACGACAUAAAAUAAAUGUGUUCAAAGAUUUUAGAUAACAAGGAAUCUAUCCGUGUCUACAUUGAUCCUAUUCAUGGAAACAAACAUCCAAAUGAAAUAACAGCAGCUUCCAAUCCCAGCCUGUACAGACUUAUAAAUAACAUAAGGUGAGUUUCUGUAUUCCCAGCAAGACCCUGUGUUUCAUUGUUGUGAGAGUUAUGAAUGGCCAUUAUACUGGCCACAUUGUUUUUAUGAUUUUUCAGCUAUACAUAUAUAUAUAUAUAUAUAUAUAUAUAUAUAUAUAUAUAUAUAUAUAUAUAUAUAUAUAUAUAUGAGUAAUUAAGACUUCAUGUAACAUAAACUUAACUAAACCUAACUUAAUUGAUUCCAUCAAUCGCCAGGAAUUAAUAUUGAGACAAUGUUCAUAACUCAUUUUUGUAGCUAUAUCCAGUAGCAUUUAUGAAAAUGGUUGCAAUCUUUCUGUAGUGAGGCUGCUGACAUCAAAACAGGCUGGAAAAGUAAAGAGUAGGCAUGCCUCGAGCCACCCCAUUUUCAGCAAACUGAUGGAUUCAACUGUGGAGUACUUAUUUGUAAGGUAAUCUUUAGAGUAGUAUAAAGCAUUGGAUAAGUGAGCUCAUAGGUACCACAUCAAUAUCUUUGACAUUACACAGUCAAAACAAUAUGAUGUCAUUCCAUAGCAGUUUUUAAAGAAACAUUAUCAGAACAUUUACAUUUUACAUCAACCAAUCUUACAUCAUAUAUAAUAUAACUGCAAGAUCUAUUGUUAGUUUGCCAGGAACUUGUGUGAUAACAGACCAAUCACAAAGGUCAAUGUUUCUAUCGAAAGAAUGAAGCUUCUAUCCAACCUGUUUGGCAGCUGUUACGAUGACAUGUUGAGGUACAAUAAUUAUGCCUUUCUUAUCAUUACAAUCACCACUGUGUAUUGUGUUUAAUCCCAAAAAACAAAUUGAGAAUUAAGUAAUCAUUUUGAACUUUUACUUCACUUUUGGCAGAGGAAGGGAUGUUCUUGUUUGCAAGGUGUGUCAAAUGGAUGACAAUGAAGACUGGCUUGGCUGCGAUAGAUGUGGACAGUUCUUCCAUGCUAGUUGUUUAGGAGUGAACUUUGCCACAGCAUUGCAAAAUCCUUUCUUUUAUUGUCCAUGAUCAUACACUUAAAAUACACACAAAUAGCAACCUAUCUGGGAGUCUUCUUUUCAUUUUUAAAGUAUGUGAUGGAGUUGUGGCUCAGCUUGUUGAAAUUUACAUUCAAGGGAAAAAAAUUGUGAGAAAGUGUAUUUUCUAAAGCAAGCUAUAUAAUUUAAAUCAUUUUUUUCCAAAGAAUAUGCAGUAAAAGGGCCCAAGAUGUGUACUGUUAAGAUACCAAUCAUUUAAGUCAGUUAAAAUUUGACCGACUGAAUGUGAUCAGUAAUACUUCUUUGUUACAGUCACAGCAAAUGUUCCUUGAUUUAGGCACUCAUUUGCUGAGAAACUGAUGAAAUAGAUAUGUCAUGUUCAUUAAACAUCUUUUUGGACAAGAACCAUGGAACCAAUAUUUUCAGAAACUGUAAUUGUAAAGAAAACAAGAAAGAACCAAAAGGCACACAAACAAGCAAAAGAUAAAAUACUAAACAAGAACUCACUGAAGAGAAAAUUGAAGACACACUUCCAGAAGCUGGUGAUAAAAUGCCCUUUUUUACCCUGUAUGUUCCAAUCUAAUUGAUAAACCAUUUACCAACCAUUUACAAGACUAAUGGCUGAAGCAUUAACCUGUGAAAAAUAUUAUCAAAUUGGAGUUGAUGAUAAAAUUAAGAAGGUCCGGUUCUAAAUAAUUCAUAUCCUUG